AUGUCUCAACCAAGCCCGGCAAGCCUCAUGGCUAUCAAAAUCGUCAUUGUCGGCGCCGGCUCUGUAGGCGUGACAACGGCGUACGCGCUGCUGCUCAGUGGCCUCGCGGCGGAUAUCGUGCUGAUCGACAUCGACGGGAACCGCGCCCAGGGCGAGGCCAUGGAUCUCAGCCACGCGGGACACUCGGCCCAGGCCCGCGUGCGCGUGGGCGAGUACGAGGACUGCGCCGGCGCCGCGGCCGUCAUCAUCACGGCCGGCGUCAACCAGAAGCCCGGCCAGACGCGCAUGGAUCUCGUCAAGACCAACUACGCCCUGUUCCAGGACGUCGUGCCGCGCGUCGCCAGCAACGCCCCCGAGACGGUCAUAGUGGUGGCGACCAACCCCGUCGACGUCUUGACGCACGCGGCGCAGCGGCUCUCGGGCUUCCCCGUGCAGCGCGUCAUCGGGUCCGGCACGGCCAUGGACACGACGCGCUUCCGCCACGAGCUGGGCCACCACUACGGCGUCAACCCGCGCAACGUGCACGCCGUCAUCAUCGGCGAGCACGGCGACAGCCAGUUGCCCGUGUGGUCGCUAGCCAGCAUCGCCGGCAUGCGGCUGCGCGACUACUGCGCCCAGAAGGCCAUCGCCUACGACCAGGACGCCAUGGACGCCUGCUCGCGCCGCACCAAGGAGGCCGCCUACGAGAUCAUCCGCCGCAAGGGUAAGACCAACUACGGCGUGGCCUCGGUGCUGGUGAGCAUCAUCGAGCCCAUCAUCACCAACAGCGACGCCAUCAUCACCGUGUCGCGCGUCGGCACCUACGCCGGCGUUGCCGACGUCGCCCUGAGCAUGCCCUGCAAGCUCAACCGCAACGGCGCCCACCAGGACGUGCCCCUGCUGCUGAGCGAGUCUGAGAGAGGGCAGCUGAGGGAGUCGGCGCUGAGUAUCAAGAGCUUUAUUGACUCGACAAAGGUGGAGGGAGUCUAG